AGCCGCUUGCGCAUGCGCGUUGCGAGCAGACAGGGCGGCCCACAGACAGGCAAAGGCGGUGCAGACCUCGCAGGGUCCGAGCACGACGACGGUGGGCGACACACAACAACAACAACACGCAGACAAACACAGUGAGGGAUGGCGGUGAACGUGUACGCCACGUCCGUGUCUAUUGACAACCUCAGCCGCCAUGACAUGCUGGCGUGGGUCAACGACUCCUUACACCUCACCUACACCAAGAUUGAACAGCUGUGCUCAGGGGCGGCGUACUGCCAGUUCAUGGACAUGUUGUUCCCUGGCUGCAUCCUCCUGAAGAAGGUCAAGUUCCAAGCCAAACUGGAGCACGAGUUCAUACACAACUUCAAAGUUCUUCAAGCGGCCUUUAAAAGGAUGAGCGUGGACAAGAUCAUCCCGGUGGAGAAGCUGGUCAAGGGGAAGUUCCAGGACAACUUUGAGUUUGUGCAGUGGUUCAAGAAGUUCUUUGACGCAAACUACGACGGGAAGGAGUAUGACCCUAUGCUUGCCAGACAGGGGCAGGACGUGGCCCCCGCCCCCAACCCAGGUGAUCACUUUAUCCACAGGGCAAAGAGAACUUCAGGACCACAGAGGACGUCUCCAACAGUCCCCAAAAACAUGCCGACGCCACAGCGGGUCCAACACAACACUCCGGCCAUGAGGAAGAACCCCAGCUUGUCCCGAAAUGGCGGCAGCGACGCCGAGAUCGUGGAACUAAAUCAACAGGUGGAAUCUCUAAAUGAGGGCUAUGAUAGAUUUGUAUCAUCUUUGAUGCUCACAAACGCAACAUCAUUCAAAAAGGCCGCUGUUGUGUGUACGCCACGCCCCGGCGUCAGAAAACACUGUCCCAGUAACGUGUCGUUGUUGUCCUCUCCGCUUUCCAAGCUGAUGGAGUUGAAGUUGACGGUGGACGGCCUGGAGAAGGAGAGAGACUUUUAUUUCAGCAAGCUACGAGACAUCGAGCUCAUCUGCCAGGAGCACGAGAACGACAACAGCCCGGUCCUCGGCAGGAUAAUGGACAUCCUUUACGCCACAGAGGAGGGUUUCGCGCCUCCGGAAGAUGAAGAACUUGACGAGCAAGCCCACCUGGACCAGGAUGAAUACUGAACCCCCCGCCCCCUCCUGUCCCCCCUCCCCUGCCUCUCCUUUUCUUUUGUUUCUGCUGUCUGCACGCUCUUACCUAAAGCCUAACGCCGCACCCCCUCGCCUGUUUUUAGCCAUCCCACUAGCAGCACCGCGUCUCCAACACGUGUCAGAGCUGUCUCAGCAUGAGCCGAGAAGACCACCAGGUGUGGUGGGGGUGUGUAAAUAAUGACGAUAUUUGCUGGAUGGAGUUAUUUAUUCGCCUUCUGGUGCGCCGUCACGACACUUUUCAAAGGCACCGGCCAACAACUGCUGCCAUUAGGACACUCCCCGAGUGACGCUGUUGUUGUUUUUACGACGGUAGUUUCUUAUUUAUUUAAAUUAUCCUUUUCUUUUUUUACAUUUUUGAUUGACCUUCUGCGGCAGCAGAAGCCUACUUACUGUACGUGACAACUUGUUUCUGUUCUGCUGAGCGGGUUCUCUUUGGUCUGUAGAACUCUGGUGUCAUAGAAACGCAUAUCUGAGCAUGAGAAUGUUACACAUUGACUGUGAAUGAGUGAGAUUUUUAUGUAAAUGUCUUUCAUGUGGAGAUGCGGUCUUGGGUCGGUCCACGCCCUUCCGGCUCAGCUGGAAAAGAAGCAGCGUGGCUCAUUUUUUAAAUUUGAUUUUAAAGUGGUUGAAGGGAGCCCCGCUGAAUCUACACCAACCAUGUUCACACACGUUGCUGACAAGGAGCGCACAACAAGCCUCCCGUCUGUUUUUUUCAUGCAACAACUGGCCUGCUUUAGGAAUCCGACGUUCAUCCGCCACGCAAGCAUCAACAGAACGCUUAUGGUUGGAGUUUUCAAUAAAUAAAACGGUUGUGGAAUGAA